UUGCUCCACAUGAAGAGUAAUAAAUACCUGACGGUGAACAAGCGUCUGCCGGCUCUGCUGGAGAAGAACGCCAUGCGGGUGACUCUGGACGGGACGGGGAACGAAGGCUCCUGGCUCUUCAUCCAGCCCUUCUGGAAGCUCCGCGCCAACGGGGACAACGUGGUGGUGGGAGAUAAAGUGAUCCUGAACCCGGUGAACGCCGGUCAGCCGCUCCACGCUUCGAACUACGAACUCACCGACCACCCGGGCUGCAAGGAGGUGAGACACAUAAUACUCACA